CGUGAGCCGCGGCGCCCAGCCCGGUUAACGAGACUGUAGAGCGGGCGGAGCAACCCGGCCAUUGCUUGGGGUAACCCGCUCCUCGCCCUCCCUCCGCCUCUGCGGCCGCUGAGGGGACGCGGCGGGGCUGCUGGACUCGUGCCCCCUGCCCCGCUCCUCCGGCUCUGGGGAGGCCCCGCGGCGCCGGUGCGGGCCGUGCAGCGUUACCGCGGCGUGGGCCAUGCCUUUGGGUUCCUGAAGGGCAGUGUAAAUGUAAGGAACCCGGAAGAGCAGGCCCCGCAACCGCAGCUCGGGCGGGCGGCCGGGCACCGCGGCGUGACCGCGGGUGGUGCGGAGUCCAAGAAAAAAGGUUUGAGCUUUGAGGAGAAGAGAGCUCGCAUGAUGGAGAUCUUCUUUGAAACAAAAGAUGUGUUCCAGUUGAAGGAUAUAGAGAAGAUUGCUCCAAAGGAAAAAGGGAUUACCUCGAUGUCAGUGAAAGAGAUUCUGCAGAGCUUAGUUGAUGAUGGCAUGGUGGACACUGAUAGAAUUGGAACUUCCAAUUAUUUCUGGGCUUUUCCAAGUAAAGCUCUUCAUGCCAGGAAGCGUAAAUUGGGAGAAUUGGAGUCUCAGUUUGCUGAAAGCAAUCAGAAAAAAGAGGCCUUACAAAAAAGCAUUGCGAAGUCAAAAAUUGGACGUGAAGAUACUGCAGAACGUGCAGCUCUAAUAGAGGAACUUGCUGCCCUUCGACAGAAAAAAGACCACCUAAAGGCAGAAAUAGACAAAUACAGAGAAUGUGACCCAGACGUCAUUGAAGAAAUGCGCCAAACAAACAAAGUAGCCAAGGAGGCAGCUAAUAGAUGGACUGAUAAUAUCUUUUCAAUAAAGUCCUGGGCCAAACGUAAAUUUGGAUUUGAAGAGAGCAGAAUUGACAAAGGUUUUGGAAUCCCAGAAGAUUUGGAUUACAUUGAUUAGCGUUCAGCAGUUGAUGACUGACACAGUUGUACAUAGUUUGUUUAAAUAUGCUCAGCUGGCAUUUAAAUGUGUAUCUGAAUCCUCUCCAAACAGCUGACUGCUUUAUAAUUUGCAGUUUUUGUUAAAGUUAAUAAAAUGAUAAAUUCUUUUGUUGCA